AGUCUGGCAGCCAGCUGAUCGCUGGUCUAGCAUUCAGAGUUGGAGCGGAGGAUAGAGAGAGGCAGAGAGAAACCGAGAGAGGCAGAGGAAGAAGAGAAGAGGCUACUGAUGCUACAUUAAUCUGUAAUCUGACAGAGAGUCAGAAACCAACAGCGUCAUCACAGAACUGUCAGCCUCUGUCACAGUUUGUUCCGGAAAUCAACAAUGUAAAAGAGCAGGCUGGGAAACUAGAGCAAGAGGAGGAAGUGAAGAGAGAAGAGAGAAACGAGAGAUGCCAUAAAACCAACAUCCUCUCAAAGAGAAAGAACACACACAACAGCUCAAAGAGAGAGCUAGACAGAAGGAGAAGAGAGAGAGGUAAACAUACUCUGUGGUGAGUCACUCCUCCUCCCCCUCUGCUUUUCCUUUCCGCUCCUCUCCUCUGGUGUGUUGAUGCUGAUGCACAGAGGAGCAGCAGAACUAAGAAAAGAGUCCGAUCCAGAACACUAGCUGAAGACGAGAACUGGACGCUGUGUGGGAGUAGCAGAACCGACAAUGGAACUGUAGAACCAUCAGGUUACCAGAACUAGAACCAGGAGUAUCAUCAGAGCCAGAGCGGUGGAACCGUACCCAAAGGGUUGUGUACUGUAUAAAGGAGUGGUAGUGGACCUGGUGUGUCUCAAUAAAGAUGUCCUGGGGGUCUCUGCUGUCUCCGGUCCAGUGGGCCAAAUGGACCUGGUCAGCUGUACGGGGAGGAGGGGAGGAGGAGGACGGAGGGCCCAGAACCAAGGAUGAAGGCGGAAAUUCAGAUUCAGAAGGGAACUUUGAGACACCAGUGGCGGAGUCUCCAGGUCUGCAGAAGGACCUGACCCAGCUGGAUAACUCUGCCGACAAAGCCCUCACCAGAGAUGACGGACAGCUGACGCCCCGUGCCUUCCUGGACAGGAACUCCAAUCAGGAUGUUUAUCCCGCCUCCCUCCAGGAAGUCCAGGAUGCCCUGAACAACCUCAAUAGCCCCUCCCCCUCCCAGAGCAGAGCAGGUUUGGACCAGAACCUAAACCUGAUGUUUACCUCCAGACCUGGAGAAGAUGGUCUCUCCCCGUCCCCUCUGCCUCAGCCCCGCGCCCUACGUCCCCCCUCGCUCCCCGUCCACAACCCCCCCGUCCCCGCUGAGUUUGAGGAUCUUGCUCCUAUGACCUCUGACCCCAAUGGCAACAUCAACUCUCACCCCAACAGCCUGACUUCUGAAAUGGACAGACCAGAGGACUCAGACAGACAGUCACCUAGGAAGAGCACAGGCAUCACGACCGCUGAGCAGGUCCGUUUCCUCUGUAUGACGCUGAACUCCUGUAAAGUGAAGAAGCUGGACAACCAGACUCCAUUACAGAACACCUGCGGACAGGAGAACGACCACGGCGAGGGCCACGCCACAGAUGAGGAGAAGCUAGCCAGCACAGCAGGAGUCAGAGCAGACAGAGAUCACAACGGGACAGAACUGAGAGUGUCAGGCAGAUCAGAGGAGUCAGACUGCUGUUCUAUGUAUGAGGACACCUGCCAGCUGAAGAACGCCAAGCUGGGAGGAAGUGACACGGAGAAGAAGACAGGAAGUGAGGUUCUAGACUCGAUUUGCAUCAGCGAGGCAGAGAAGACGACUGUUCUCACUCUCAUCAGAGGGGAGAUCAUCACUAAGGAGAUGGAGGCCAAUGACUGGAGGAGGAAGUAUGAGGACAGCAGACAGGAAGUCAUGGAGAUGAGAAAGAUAGUGGCAGAGUAUGAGAAGACCAUCGCCCAGAUGAUUGAGGACGAACAGCGCAACACCAUGAGCUCCCAGAAGUCUUUGCAGGCUGUAAGCAUGGAGAAGGAGUCGGCCCUAACAGACCUGAACUCAGUAGAGCGCUCGCUGUCCGGUAUGUUCCGCCGCUACGAGAACAUGAAGAGCACCCUGGACGGCUUUAAGAAGAAUGAGGAGGUGUUGAAGAAGUGUGCUCAGGAGUAUCUGGCCAGAGUCAAGCAGGAGGAGCAGAGAUACCAGACGCUCAAACUCCAUGCCGAGGAGAAACUAGACAAGGCUAAUGAGGACAUAGCCCAGGUACGCAGCAAGGCCAGCUCUGAGAGUGUUGCUCUGACCGCCAGCCUGAGGAAGGAGCAGAUGAGGGUAGAGUCUCUGGAGAAAGCUCUGCAGCAAAAGACCGAGGAGAUCGAGGAGCUCACCAAGAUCUGUGAUGAGCUCAUCGCAAAGAUGGGCAGAACAGACUGAGAGAGAUUCCAUACUUCCGAAUCGACCAAUCUUGACCCUCCAAGCCAACCCUGCCUACAACAUAUAGUGUAUUCCUGUGCAUGCCUCCAGCCAAUGAGCAGCUAGCUCUAUUUCCCCACAGGGCGCCUGCACCUAGUGCUGCUGUACUGGUCAAAUGUCAUACCAUAACCCAUUUCUCUUAGUCAACAUUAGUGCAGUAUUUGGAGAAUAGGGUGUAAUUUGAGCCUGUGUUAUGUACAUGUGGACUCACCUUUUUGGCUUGGUCAUUAUUUACCACGCAAGACCCCACACCCGUUUGUCUUUCUGGACUGUAACAUAAACACAAUAUAAUGUGCUGUCUUGGCAUUGCAUAGGUUUGUGCUUAUUUAACUUAGGAUAACAUUUUGUUAAGCAUUUAUUAAUAUAUUAUACACAUAAACCCCACACUUACAAAACACCCUGGCUGAAAUGUACUGUACAUAUGGUACUGUACAUAUGGUACUGUACAAAUGGUAUUUAUUCUGAACACUAGGAGACUAGGGCAGGACCAGGUAGACAUUCUCUAGGCUCCAGGACAGUCAGGGGUCAGGGGUGAGCUAUGCUUGACCCCUUUGUAUAACUGCACUAUUAUAGGGAGGGGGGAUGUGGGAGUAGGUUCAGGGUUAGGAUGCACUACUAUAGAUAGGGGUGGGGUGGGGGGUUGUCCUGGGAAAAAUAAAGCUUUUCUCCUGUCUGUAUAUGAGGUGUUGUGUUAGCAGAGGAAGAGGAGCUGUACAGUGACUGUGUAUUCUGUACGACUUCAGCACAACUGCACAGGGGAGGGUUUCCCACUGUCCUCAGCUGUACCUGGUUAGUCUCUUUCUCAGGCCAGAGGGGUGGAGCAGAGUGUAGUACACUCAGUAAGUGGAAAUCUGGAUAUGGUGAAGUUAAUACAAAGACUAUAUAUUUGUAUAUGCACAAACAAAUACCGUAAACUGGGAGAGUGUUUGAUUUGGUUUUUCAAAAUCCAAAAUUGUUUAAAAUCUCCUGUGGCCGUGGAUACCUGUAGUAUUUGGGUAUGAAACGUUACGGCAUGGAUGUAGGGAGAAUUGUUCAGGGAUUAUGUGAGCUCCCAUGAGCCCUGCUCAAAGGUAGAGCACUAUAUAGGGAAUAGGGUGCCAUUUGGGAUGGAAUCACUGUGUUUCACUGCAGCACCUAGUUAGUGGCAUAGAAAGUUCCAGUGUGUUUCUCAUAUUCACUGUUCACUGCUUCACUGUUCUCAGCUAACCUGGUUCUGUUAAAUACUCUUCCACAGUGGAGAGUUUCACACCAGCUCACAGUACUAGUUCCCCCUCCGCCACACUGCACUGUGGAUGACGUAGUUAAACAAUAUAACACGCAUGCAUGCAGUGAAACACCACGUAGACAUACAUACAUGUGCCAGUGUCUAUAAUACACAUCUUUGUGCCAUACUGAAGUUGUAGCUUCAUUGAAAGUUUCUUUAGAUAAUAUUGUUUUUAACGGUUUGUACAUCACCAAUGAUCCCUUUUUGCAUUGUCAUUAAUAUUUGUAAAGUGAAUAAGAAGCAUUCAGCUGUACUGACUUUUACUGUACAGACUAUGUUGACUAAUAUGUGCAGUGUGUGUGCUGAGUAAACAUGACUAGUAAUAA